AUUUUCCCGAACCAUGUAUUGUAUAGAAAGUACACAAGAGAAUUAAUAGGAAUUGCAUUGUUGUGGAUUCAUCACUCGUCGAAAUUAUAGGACUACCAUUCUGGCCUCUGCUAUAAGAUCUCAUAACAUAGAAAAGAAAAAAAAAUGAUUCACUCAAUCAAAGCUGUUUUAACCUAUCCACCACUUUCAUUCCCUCGCUCUCUCUCUUCCAACCUUGGUCGUGAAACUUCCGUGAUUAGAUUCUGCUCUCAACCUGAUAACACUGCUCCUAACAUGGACAAGAAUGAGAAGCCUAGUGAGGGGGAUUUGAUGUCUCAUUCGUUUGGAGAAGGGUACGCUACGAGGUCUGAUGAAGAAGGGUUUGGUGGAAUUUAUGGUGGAAACCAAUCCAUUCACAAGACUCAGACGGAGAAUUCUGUACAUGAAAAUCACCCAGCUUAUGACAAGACGCAGGGAAGCGAAGUGAAGGAGAAGGAAAAAGCGAGGCACCAGAAAAGCGCCAACACUAAUUAGCUAGGUUAUUUAUGUGAUUAGUGGUUGAUAUGCAUGUAAUCCUUGUGGAUUAUUGUUUUCUACUCUUUUUUUUUGUUUUUAACUUACAAGCGAAAAGAGAUUAUCUUCUUUAUUUCAUAACAUAAUAGCAAAUGGACAUCUAGUGAGUUUACAUAUUAUGGACAAACAUCAUCAUUUUAUAAUAUAUAGUUUUCAAUUUGUGAU